UCCUUGCCUCUGCUUCAUCCAUCAGUAGGUCCCGGGCAGAAAGAUUCUUUCUUCUCCUUCCUCCAAGGUCCUCCUCCCUCUCUGCCGCAUUCCCAGGGCCUGCAGCAAAGCCGGUGCGCGGCGCCACCAUGCGGCAGAAGGUGGUAUCGCUCUUUCUUUGCUACCUGCUACUCUUCACCUGCGGCGGAGUGGAGGCAGGCCAAAGUAAACGCCCAGACAAGUCAGAGGCCAGGUCAAAGGACAGCGGCUCCGGGUUCUGGGGUGCUCUGCCCUACAUGGUGGCCGGAGGAGGGCUCAUGGUCGCAGCGCUGCCCUUGGUGGGCUUCACCGGCGCCGGCAUCGCAGCCAACUCCGUGGCCGCCUGGAUGAUGAGUUGGUCUGCGGUGAUGAAUGGCGGCGGCGUGCCUGCCGGGGGCCUGGUGGCCACUCUCCAGAGCCUCGGGGCUGGCGGCGGCGGCAGUGCCCUCAUGGCCAAGGUUGGUGCCGGUCUGGGCUAUGUGGCCCAUAAGACCCUCGCGAGUGGGAAGGAAGAGGAGAAUGAUGAGGAGUAGCAGCUCCCAGGAACCCCCUCCUUCCUCCUUGCCUUCCCUGUUCUAGUUGGAGUCCAGAGCUUUCCUGUCACUCUCCUCAACAACCUAGAUGAGAGAACAAAAUAAACUCCC